UUCACUACACACAACAUGAACACUAAGAUUUUGAUUUUGUUGGGCCUGGCAGCCGUGGCAGCAGCAGACAGCAGGGAGACCUUCUCUUAUGCUGCCCCUAGGAGAGUUUCUUCUGGUGAGUCAUAUGAGUCUAGUGAGGCUCAGUACAACUUCAAUUAUGCUGUGAAACACGACGACUCCGGCAACGACUUCGGUCACCAGGAGACCCGCGACGGUGACGACACCAAGGGGUCGUACUACGUACAGCUUCCCGACGGUCGUCUGCAGACUGUGACUUAUGUAGUUGAUGGUGACUCAGGCUACUUGGCUGACGUCAAAUACGAUGGUGAGGCUCGCUACCCAGACUCUUUCGAGUCCAGAGAGGCUCCCCGCUACGCCGCACCCAGACCUCGCUACUUCGACUCCAAUGAGUCCAAGUAAUUACCAGUGUAACCAUCUGCAGCUGUAAGACCAUCCACC